AUUUAUGCAUUUCUGAUAAUUUAGGAAUCCUUUAUUAUUUAUAAGAUUGUUAAAAAAAGAAAUGUAUACUUAAAUACCUGCAAGAAAUAUGAAGUCUUCACAGAGUCCUGGCAGAUAUUUUAAAAACGAUAUGAGUGAUGAGGAAAACAAAAACAAUGAUCCUGGCAGCAGUUUGGGGUAUCAGAAAGACUACAUCUCAGAUCUAUUAAAGACUGUUCAUUGCAAUUGUCCUCCACUUGCAGAAAAUUGUGAGGGAGCUGUUUAUGUUGGAUGGGCGGGUAUUGCCUAUGCAUUUUAUUAUGUUGCACAGAGUGGUUUGUUUGAAGAUAAAAAAGAUCAUUUUUUAAAAAUUGCUGAAAAGUAUAUAAAGGUCAGUCUUAUUGAAAUAAACAAAAGAGAUCCCGCUCGCAAAUCACGUGGAGCAUCAUUGUUGCAUGGUCAUUCUGGUGUUUAUCUUGUUGCAUCUUUAAUAUACCAAGCGCUAGGCGUACACAAUUUAGAAGAUGAAAAUAUCCAAAGUUUUUUGGGCAUGCGGAAGUAUUGCAAAUAUGGCUUAAAUGAGAUAUUUGGUGGUUGUGCUGGAUAUCUAGCUGCUUGUUUCAUGAUUAAUAAAAGAUUUGGCAGAGAUAUAGCUGGAAGCGAUGUUACACUUCCUUUAUGUGAAGAUGUCAUUAAUUGUGGUCGUGAAAUGUCAAAGAAAUAUGACUUUGAAUCUCCACUAAUGUACUCUCAUCAUGAAAAACCAUAUCUUGGUGCGGGUCAUGGAUCAUCAGCAAUUCUUUUGAUGCUGCUAAACUUUCCAGCAUGUUAUGCUUUGCAACCUGAUGUUGAAAAGGACAUAAAACUGUCGGUUGAUUUUAUUUUAAAAUGUCAAGAAACUGAUGGUAACUAUCCUUCAAGACCAGGUCAUACACGAAGUGAUGAAAAUAAACUCAUCCAGUGGUGUCAUGGUGCACCAGGUGUUGUGUAUGUAAUGGCAAAAGCUUACCUGGUUUGGAAGGAGGAAAAGUACCUUCAAGCUGCGUUGAGGUGUGGUGAAGUAAUUUGGACUAAAGGUUUGCUGAGAAAAGGACCAGGUCUUUGUCACGGGGUUGCAGGCAAUGGAUAUGCCUUCCUUCUUCUCUAUCACAUAACUCACGACAACAAACACUUGAGAAGAGCACAUCGAUUUGCUCAAUUUAUGCAGAGCUCAGAGUUUAAAGAAAAUUCUAAUCUACCAGAUUUUCCAUACAGCUUAUUCGAGGGAUAUGCUGGUACUGCGUGUUUUUUAGCUGAUAUUGCAAGUCCAGCAGAUGGAUGCGUCGGUAUUUUCCCAUUCAUGGAUAUGUUCUAGCUUGCGAUCACCAAAAAUAAGAUUUAUAGCUUUGCAGAACAACACUGCAAGGUUAUUUUGUUCCCCACCUAAUAAGAAUUCAUGGUUAUGGCGUUAAUACUUGCAAGCAAAGGAAAUUUUAAAUCCAAAAUUAUGUGGUAAUGACUGACAACUUUACAAUACGAAGUGAUAGAACACAAAAUUAAUUAAUGGUGAUAUCUUAACGUUAAAUAAAUUUGUUUAUGAAAGAUAAAACAUGUAAAUAACUACACAAUAUAGAUCUUGCCAAUUAUUGUUGCAAUUCUUAGUACAAAAUACUGUUUCCGAAUCCCUAAAAUUUAUUUGAAAAUAUAUUUUGGAUAAAGAAGCUGUUGUAGUUUGAAACAAAAGUUUUUACGUUUCUGAAAUUUAGAAGUACAAAAUACAGUCGUUGUUGAUUUUCUAAUGUUCAUUAUUAUAUAGGAUAACAUUAAAUAGACAAAGACAACAAAAAAAUGACAACGAUGCAGCAUCCACGCUAUUUUGAAAACACAAUGAGUGAGCAGG